AGGAAGGUCUUCCCUGUCUGCUGAAAGCAAACUUAGGAGGGAUGAAAGGGUGGACGAAAGGUGUUAGUGAAAUCCUCUGUAGAUCUGGAGCCUUUGUCAACUGCGAAUGAAACAGAGACACUCCGCAGCAUUUAGUGCUCAGUUUCACCAGCUUUGAAGAACAGUGACAACUAAAAAUGCCACCUCCCGCAGAUAUCGUGAAAGUGGCUAUAGAAUGGCCUGGUGCCUUCCCCAAGUUGACGGAAAUUGAUCAAAAAAAGCCAUUGUCAGCAAUCAUAAAGGAAGCCUGUGAUGGGUGGUCUCUUACAAAUCACGAGUAUUAUGCACUGCAACAUGCUGAUAGUACCAAUUUCUACAUCACCGAAAAGAACCGUAAUGAAAUUAAAAAUGGAGCAAUACUUCGAUUAACUACAUCACCAGCCCAAACUGCCCUUCAGCUUCAUGAGAGGAUCCAGUCUUCUAGCAUGGAUGCCAAGUUGGAAGCACUGAAAGACCUAGCUAGUUAUUCACGCGAUAUAACGUUUGCCCAAGAAUUUAUCAAUCUAGACGGCAUUUCGCUCCUGACGCAGAUGGUGGAAAGUGGCACUGAACGAUAUCAGAAAUUGCAGAAGAUAAUGAAGCCCUGCUUUGGAGACAUGUUAUCCUUCACUCUGACGGCUUUCGUUGAACUGAUGGAUCAUGGAAUUGUAUCCUGGGACACAUUCUCGGUGGCUUUCAUUAAGAAGAUAGCAAGUUACGUGAGCAAGUUUCCUUCCGACAUUGCUAUACUUCAACGAUCCCUAGCCAUCCUGGAGUCAAUGGUGUUGAACAGCCAUGAUCUGUACCAGAAGGUGGCACAGGAGAUUACAAUUGGCCAGUUAAUCCCACACCUCCAAGGGGCAGAUCAAGAAAUACAAACCUACACCAUUGCCGUAAUAAAUGCGCUUUUCCUCAAAGCACCUGAUGACAGGAGACAGGAAAUGGCAAAUAUUUUAGCACAGAAACAACUUCGGGCAAUCAUCUUACAAUAUGUUAUCAGAGCUCAGAGGGCCAUCAAUAAUGAAAUGGCACAUCAGCUUUACGUUCUGCAAGUGCUCACCUUUAACUUACUGGAAGACAGGAUGAUGACCAAAAUGGACCCCCAAGAUCAGGCCCAAAGGGAUAUCAUAUUUGAACUCCGAAGAAUUGCUUUCGAUGCAGAGUCUGAACCGAACAACAGUGGCGGCAAUGUUGAGAAACGCAAAUCUAUGUACACACGGGAUUACAAAAAACUUGGGUUUAUUAAUCAUGUGAACCCAGCAAUGGAUUUUACGCAGACUCCUCCAGGAAUGCUGGCUCUUGACAACAUGCUGUACUUUGCCAAACAUCAACAGGAUGCUUAUAUCCGGAUUGUAUUAGAAAACAGCAGCCGUGAAGACAAGCAUGAGUGUCCUUUUGGUCGAAGUAGUAUCGAAUUAACAAAGAUGCUGUGUGAUAUCCUGAAAGUGGGAGAGUUACCAAGUGAGACCUGCAAUGAUUUCCACCCAAUGUUCUUCACGCACGACCGGUCAUUUGAAGAGUUCUUCUGCAUUUGCAUCCAGCUGCUGAAUAAGACAUGGAAAGAGAUGAGAGCAACUUCUGAAGACUUCAACAAGGUAAUGCAAGUGGUGAAGGAGCAAAUAAUGAGAGCACUGACCACGAAGCCUAGUUCUCUGGAUCAAUUCAAAAGCAAACUUCAAAACCUAAGCUACGCAGAAAUACUGAAAAUUCGCCAGUCUGAGAGGAUGAACCAAGAAGAUUUCCAAUCUCGCCCAAUUUUGGAGCUCAAAGAGAAGAUCCAGCCCGAAAUUUUAGAGUUGAUCAAGCAGCAGCGUCUUAAUCGUCUUGUUGAGGGAACCUGUUUUAGGAAACUCAACAGUCGGCGGCGGCAAGAUAAAUUUUGGUAUUGUCGCCUUUCGCCAAACCACAAAGUCCUACAUUAUGGAGAUUUGGAGGAGACUCCCCAGGGAGAAGUUCCACAUGAUUCAUUGCAGGAUAAGUUGCCCGUGGCAGACAUAAAAGCAGUUGUGACAGGGAAGGACUGCCCUCACAUGAAGGAGAAAGGAGCAAAACAAAACAAGGAGGUCCUUGAGCUCGCAUUCUCCAUCUUGUACGAUUCCAGUGGACAACUAAAUUUCAUUGCUCCUGACAAGCAUGAGUACUGUGUGUGGACAGAUGGCCUAAAUGCCCUUCUUGGAAAGGAUAUGAUGAGUGAACUGACACGUAAUGACUUGGACACUCUGCUCAGUAUGGAGAUAAAGCUUCGCCUCCUGGAUCUGGAAAACAUACAGAUCCCAGAUGCUCCACCUCCUAUUCCAAAGGAACCCAGCAACUAUGACUUUGUAUAUGACUGUAACUAAAGCUACUCACACGGCUGAGACUUGCAAUCUAAACUGGAAGUGCUAUAACUGGAGAGUUGUUUGGUUUUUCUAAAGAAGAGAACAAUAUAUGCACAUUGGACUUCAUUUUGGGGGGGGGGGGAUGCAAAACAUUUAUUUCCUCUUGCUUUCUACCCUUCCCUUUGGCACCGUCCUCCUCGCUGCUAAUGAAAAACACUGCUUUGCAUUAACUUCUCCUCACCACUGGGCAAGAUCUGAUGAACAUUCCAACCUGAAAGGCGAACCAAGAGGAACUUCCUUGUUUUCUGAAAUGCUGGGAUACACAUUCCAAACAAAAGGACAAAACGCACAACCCCCAGACUACGGCCAGCAUUGCAGGUGCUUUAACUGGAAGCAGAGAAGAGGAAAGUCUUCUGCAAGUGGAGGCUGGCAAGAGGUCUCUUUUCAUGGAGUCAGCUAAAAAGCUGACCAAAAAUGAAAAGGAAGAUGAUUCACUGCUUUCAGCUUCUACACCAUUUGUCAUGUCCCUUAACACCAGCACCCUCCCAUUUGUGCUACAUCACGUAACUGUUUCUUAAGACGAUGAGUCUACAGUUCUUUGCUGGAAACAUUUCUAACCUAAUAUCUCCCUCACGUGAUUUCCACACUUUCAAUGAAGCCACUUGCUGUUCUGUGUCCCUAUUGUGUACUUAUAUAUCACAAAAAAACGGUGGGGGUCUUGUGUCCAGAGAGGGAUUGUGGUUAUUUUGUGUGCAAAUGCGGCAGACGCCAUAGAUACCGAGAAGUGCUACGUAUUCAGGUUUCCGUAUAGACAUGUGAUUUCCAAGGGAUUUGGUUUUGUACAAAACAUCAGAACAGUUGUUUUUGCCAAAUAUAUAUUUAAUUAAGAACAAAAUAGUAUUGUGUGUACUUUUUCAAAAAUUACCUGUGUGUUAAUUUCCGUUUCGUACCUGGAACAUUUGCCCUUGGAGAUAAAAUAUGCACCAACAUUCCCAUCAGAAUUGCUGUUGAAUAAAAUUGGACUUGUGCUGA